AUGCUACCGCCCCAUUUGCUUUCGGCCGUUAUCAUGGCAACAGAGAUGAAUGCUAUUCAGCGUGGCCUUUCGCGCUCCCAAUUCAUUGACGAAUAUCCUCAACCCGAGAGACAAGUACUACGAUAUCAACCUUCCCCCACCGAGAACUAUUCUCGGCGUUGCUAUCUUAUACUGCAUCUCCGUGUCAACGUUGAUAUCUAUGUCGGAAACCUGGGAUUCAUUGCAAGCGUUGAUUGGAGCGCAACCACUAUACCCCCUACCUUUCCAUCGCGUUCCAAUCCUUUCAAUUAUCUUAACAAUCUCCACCUCAACCUCCCCCCAUCAGCACCUGCAGACCGUGACCAUGAUCCUGCCUCUUCACCCGAUCAAGGUGAUCUCACCAUAACCAUCUCUGCACGCGACAUUGUGGGCUUGACUGGCACAAACUCUAUAUCUGCUGGUAAUUCCUUCACAAUUGAUAGCACAUAUCGCACCGUCAAUAUUAAUUAUAUCCACACACUCACCGGCGAUACUUACGUCGGUACCAUCAGCGGCAGCAACGUCGGGGGCUCCAAUAACAUCAAUCAUGUCCACCAGUAG